AUGCAAGUUCAAGAGGAGAGCUUAGAACAAAGAGAGAAUAUUUUCCAUACUAGAUGUUUGGUCCUUGCAAGAGUAAGACAAGCAGGUGAAAAGGGUGCCAUUGCUCCAUUGGAUGGUAACAGGAUGAGGUCACUUGUGAUGUUAGUACUUGCUAGCUGGCAUAUCCUUCUAGGAGCCCCAUGGCAAUGUCCGACAGGCGAGUCCAGCAUGAAGGUACACCAACCGGAUUCUCCCUUACCUAAUUUGGGUAAACAUGUGGUUCCUAAGCUCUUUGCACCACCAAGUGAGGAGUUUUCAUGGCUUGGCAAGUUUCUACAGGAGGUUUGUGAAGGACUUCUCUACUAUAGUAGCCCCACUGACAGAGUUUUACCUGACUUUGAUAAAACAUUUGAGAUUGAGUGUGACGCUUCUGGUGUAGGCAUUGGUGUAGUGUUGAUGCAGGAGAGAAAGCCUAUUGCUUAUUUUAGUGAGAAACUCAAUGGAGCGCAAAUCAAUUAUUCAACCUAUGACAAGGAGCUAUAUGCGCUAGUGAGAGCAUUGGAGGUAUGGCAACAUUAUCUUCUACCCAAAGAAUUUGUCAUACACACUGACCAUGAGUCUUUAAAGCACCUCAAGGGACAAGUUUCCUUUUGUGAUAAAUACAAAGAAGAAAAUAUUAUGGCUGAUGCACUUUCUAAGAGGUAUGCUUUAAUUACUACUCUUAAUGCUAAGUUGUUAGGAUUUGAGCAUAUAAAAUCCUUGUAUGUUGAUGAUGAUGACUUCGGUCUUAUUUGGAGUGCAUGUGAACAUGGGUCCUUUAACAAGUUCUUUAGGCAUGAGGGGUUUUUAUUCAAGGGGAAUAAACUUUGUAUACCCAAAUGUUCUAUGCGUGAAUUGCUUGUGUUAGAAUCACAUUGUGGGGGACUUGUGGGGCAUUUUAGGGUUCUUAAGACAUAUGAUAUACUUGCUGAACAUUUCUUUUGGCCACAAAUGCGUAGAGAUGUAGAGAAAUUGUGUGGUGUGUGCAUUUGUGCAUAA